AUGGAAGGCGACGACGGCAGAGGCUCCAGCGAGGGCGACGCGCCGUCCGAGUCGUGGGAUGAGCUCUACGAAAACAACUCACCUGCGCCCGCAGCAUCACCUCCGCUGGCCACCGCGCAACAGCCACCGCUGGGAGCUGUCGCGUUGACUGACAACCAGUUCACGCCCUCUGCCACAGCAUCACCAUCGCCUCCCUCAAACCCGGAAGCAGAUGCGCCUCUCUCAAUUGGAGCCCAACCUGUGGACGCCGCACUCGACGACGACUCCUCUUCAGAAAUGGAUCUUUCCGAGCCAAGCCGACCUGCCACGCCUGAGCCACCGCCCGCCGUCGCUACUGCCAAUAGCGACGGUCCUGCCAUUGUCGAUAUCGCCGUCCCAAACGGAGCCAAGCGCAAGCUCAGCGAUGCUGUGAAAGAUGCUGACCGCAACGCUGAUACAGUGACUGCCGAUGAUCAAUCCAAGAAGCGCAAGCUGUCUGACCCACCCCGAGAAGUCCCACUUCCUCCCGCAGCCUGGCAGCGCAUUUUCAUGCAUUGUUCGCCUGCGUCGCUUUGUCGUCUUUUGCGCGUUUCGAAAGAGCUGAAUCACAUCCUCACGGGUAUCAAGGCUACGCCGCCAUCUCCCCUGGACAAGUCCGCAGCUCGGCUUGUGGACAGUGAGAGUAUAUGGGCAAAUGCCAGGAAAACAUUCUUCCCGCAAUUGCCACGGCCUCUUGCCAGGUAUUCCGAGUUGGAAAUGCUGCAGCUCCUGGGAGGCAAGACCUGCCAAUUUUGUGGGAGGGAUCCAGUUUCUCCUCCCGCCACUUCAGUCUUCAAUUGCGGUCCUGGACACACGGGUGAUGUGCAGCUUCUGUCGGACCCAGCCAUGGCUCCACUGCGACUUGGACUGUCUUUCGCAUAUCGCUCUCCCGACUACCAUUUCGCCUUCGAGUCCGUUCGACAGCUCCCCGGCGGCAUCCCGGGACACUUGCGAUUUUCCAAGAUGUAUUACAGCCCCGAUCUCAAGGCUCUCCAUGCAGAGGAAGAAGAGGCAAAGUCCCUUGGAGAUGGCGCAGUAGACGAAUGGCGCAAGGGUUUGUUCACCAAAGGCAAAGACAUGAUGGCCGACUCAGCUCGCUGGGAGAAGUGGGAGAUGCAAUUGCGUCUCGGCGCAAAUCUUGCGCAAGUGCUCAGGGAGUAUGAUCCCUCUUCUUUUCCACGCUCGCAAUCUAUCCAGGACAUGCAGGGUAGGCAACCUGGAGUAAACGGUACGACGUCGUCUGUGACGACCAACGGAAUGCACCCUCUGCCGCAGCCUGUUCAUGUCUUUCAGAAUGGAUAUGGCGCUCCCUUUCCGCAAUACCAGCCGGCCGUUUUCCAUCAUUCACCGUUCACUCCUGCACCGGUCCCGCAGCCACACUUCAGAACUGUCAAAAACCAACAUGAGGUUGAACAGGCUCGCCAGGCCCGGAAAGCCGAGAUUGAGCGGCGAUGUCAAGAACUGGAACCACCUGUGGAGCCAAACGUGCUGAUGCACAUGGAAACCUUCCAGGCUGCCAUGCAGAUCACCUCCCCGUUGACGGAUUCUGCUUGGGACGUUCUUAAGCCUCGGAUUCUGGCCCAGAGGGAGGCCGCAGAACUCGCCGAGCAUGAACGAGCAUCCGUCUUGGCAGCAUUGCAGGCUUCAGUUCCAAUGCCCAUCCCAGAGGAUAUCAUUUCCAGACCGGCGCGUGAAACUUAUGACCGGGAGUACCAAGAUGCUCAAAUGCCUCUACGCAAAAGGCUCGGUGAGUACGCUGACGACCUGAUCAAUGGCCAGUGGAAAGGCGGCAAGAUGCUGGACAGAGACAACAUUCCCAUCUUUGCUGUUCAAGUCUUGCUGCAUGUAAAGAAGUGCUAUACCGCGGACAAGGAAUCCGGCGCCCUCGCUGAGCUGGAACCACCGCCAAGGCAGGAAGGCUCCAACCAACCUACACCUUCGGAAUCACCAUUCCUGUCUCUGGACAAUAUGAAGUGGGUGUAUGAGAACAAGGUGAGGCCAUUUACAGAUAAUCAGCGCAAGGAGCAUUUCGUGUGUGCUGGAUGCGAGGACAAGCCCAAAUUGUUCGCCUUUGAAGGACUGAUCCAGCAUUAUGGCGCCAAGCAUACAUCAGACUUCAGCAAGGGCAACAUCAUCGUCCAUUGGGAGACAGCAAAAUGGCCAGACAGGCCUCCUUUCCAGACCAACCCAUCCCUAUUCAUUAAGCCUGACCGUAGGGUUUCCGAUUACAGGUCGCAGGGUCGGGCUCGAAAUACUCCGCAAGGGCAAGGCCACGACAGUCCUUUCAACGGUGCUCCUGCAGGAUCCCAUGCGACGCCAUAUGCCAAUGGUCGACAUAGUCAGAGCCCAGGCUACCCGCCUCCGCAGUACGGCCAAGCGCAUCCGGUAGCUCAGGCCAACGGGUAUUUCCAUGAGCAGUCACUCCCGGGGAAGCCUCAAGUUGAGUCAAGCCACGAUGAUGAGAUGAAUCAGCUUUCCAGUGACGUCCGCGAGGUAUGGGACGCUCUCGGUGGUAUUAAGAACCUGCUGGAAUGCGUCAGAAUCCAGACCGUGAUCCAUCAUGCUGUGGCUCGUUUCAAGUCGCGAUUCAACCACCAGCCUGUGCUCGAUCUGCUCACCGAUGCUCUGGCCACAAGUGAUAGCAUUCGUCCUCUGAAGCACGUAAGCGGUCUUGCUUGCAAAUCCUGCAUCUCUGUAUCACCGAGUAAGGAUCAAACUUCUUACUGGGGCCGGAUCCGAGGCUGGAAGCUAUACAACAUGUCAUCGUUGAUCACUCAUUUCAAGCUCAUGCAUCAGCCAGAGACGCCUUUUGGCGCAGCUGACUGGACUGCCAACAUGAUCGAGGUGCCCGAGAGAGCCACUUUGAAGGAUCUGAUGCUAAGUCCUGGCAUGAAUGACGAGAAGCUUGCUUUGAUAGCUGCUGCUUUUCCUGCUGCUUUUCCGUCACCGCUGCCAAAAAUUGGCCUGGUCACUGAGGAAGUUGUGGCACCAAAGCCAGUGAAGGGCCUGCUGGAACGUCUCGGAAAGAAGUCCCAGAAGGCUCAAAGCAAGAAGAAAGGACAGAAACCAGCCAAUGGCAGCCAAGACCGUGACAGCUCCCAGGAGCCUCUGCCUGAGCCUACGGAGGACGAAUACGAUCCUUUACGUCCCGCUCUUAUCCAGUCCCAAGCACCAGAUCCUGCUCAAUUCGACACCGACGCUCCUCGACGUCCCAGCUCUCGCUAUGAUAGCGUACCUCAGCAGCCGCCACGGCAACCAGAGCCCGUCGUGCAACAUGACGUCGGAGAGCUACAGGCGGCACUGUCACGCAACAGCAGACAUUACGAGCAGAAUCAGCAUCAACACCAGGCAUAUAUGGAGUCAGCACGCGCAGCUCCUGCGCCAGCACUGGCACACUCACCGCCACAGUACCAGUACGUCUACGAGGACAGGCAUGCAUACGCUCAGCCGGCCCACGCUCCGAUCUAUCGCGAAGCUCCCGUACAGUAUAUUCAAGUGCCGGAACGCGAGUACAUACCACCAGGCUACCAGUACGAACGACCUGCCUCGAAGCCAAUCUAUGUGGAUCAGUAUGGCAGGCCACUAAUUCCAAUCGACGCUGCACCAGCGCCCGUGCAGUAUGCUCCCAACCCAUACGAGCAGCAGCAGUAUACUCGUGUGCCGGAGCAACACGUGUAUACUACUAUCGCGCCAUCAUCUCAUCACCAGCCUGUGUAUGAUGACCGGCGACCAGUGUACUAUGAGCCAGUACCUCAUGGGACCAGCGGCAUUCCACCAAGAUAUGCUGCAUACGAUGACGGUCGCGCUUCUGUGCCGCGAUCUUGAUAAUGAAAGGGGCAGGACACGAAGAGCAAAGAUUGGGUUGCAAAGGAUGCGAUAAUGGAUUGUAACGGCGCACUCGAUUCAGCGCAUAGAGUGUAUUGAUCUCUCAGGGCCUUGCGCGAUGAUACCACUGGGCGGCAAGCGUUUGCAUCGACGUGUAUCUGUAGUUUACAGCUUCUUCAGCGAUGUUCUUACUUCACGUGAUAGCAAAGAUUUUGCUCAAUCAGAGCUAAUUUGAC